AUGGAGUACGCUGCAGUCGAGAUCGGCCCUCCGGGGUCGCUCUUAUACAGAAAGUUCCUCCUGAACGCGACGCGACUCGCCGUCCCGCCACAAAGCCCGUCGUCACCUGCUGCGGGUAGUGGUACUGGUAUAAGCACUUCGUCCGCACCGCCAUUCGCGGCGUCACAGACUCCCAAGGGCACUUCGAAGGCGAAGCGCGGAAGGUACGCUUCUCCGCUUUCGCCCGCGCGGCCGGGGCCAUCGCCGGCGCAAGACCUCGUCGUCGUCCCCCUUUCCCCAUGGCACCAGGUCCCGCUGCGCCUCUCCGCCUCCUCCUCCUCCGCCGCCGCCGCCGCCGCCGCCGCCGCCGCCGCUGAUGCCUCAAAUGCCGCGCCGAGGACGGAAACAGGGGUCGGCGAUAGACGGCUACUAGCGCCCAAUCUAGACAAAAAUAUCUUGAUUUCCGCAGGAGUUACACUCUUUCCCGCGCUUCAAACGCCUGCAAGGCCCGCGGUCACUAGCGGCUCCUCCGCCGAUUCGGCGGGAGCACCCGCGGGCGGCGGAUUUUUCCGAAUGGUUUGCGCCGUUCCGCGCGGCACGUGGGCGCAGGUGGAGCUGGCGGUGGCGGAGCCUCCGCACCAUCCGCUGCGCGUGCGCGGAGACGAUCUUCCCUUUCAUUAUAAUCACAACCUUCAGUGGAACGUCGGCUUCCUCCCGCAAACCUGCCGCUGCUUCGAUAUCGACGGUACUUUUAGCAACGCCAGUCCUACUACAAAUAGUUCUGAUUGCGACAGCGAUGGCUGCGGCCGCGUCGACGGCAGAAGCGGCCUCUUGACCCCGCGCUCGAUAAGCGCGGGGGGGACGGCGGAAAAGCGCUCGUUUGGCGGAAGCGUUACGGGGGGAAGCGUACACGGACCGCUAGAGGUGGUGGAUAUCGGGGGAGCGCGGGUGGAAGUGGGGCAGGUGUAUCUGGUGAAGGCUCUUUUGUCGUUUCUGGUGGUUAGCCCGAACCUUCACACGAGCUGGACUGUGAUUGUAACGAGCGACAUUGAUUCGGAGGGCGGCCGUCGAACCUGUGAUGGUGACAGAAACGAGUGGGACGCAAGUGAAUGCGACGAUGGCGACGAUCGCAUCACGAGGAGUCUGGAGGAGAUUCGCGAGUGGCUCAAUCGACCUUCCCUGCUCCAUUUCCUUUCGGGAGAAGCCUGCGACUCUCAGCCGUACGAUCUCCGUAAUCAACGAAAGGCGUCUGGGACUGUGCUUCCUGGCGCUGCUGCUGCUGCAUUGGCUGCUGUUGGUGUGAGGGAGGAGGGGGGAGGAGGAGGAGGAGGAGGAGGAGGAGGAGGAGGAGGAGGAGGAGGAGGAGGAGGAGGAGGAGGAGGAGGAGGAGGAGGAGGAGGAGGAGGCGGAGGAGGAAGAGGAGGAGGAGAAAAGGGAAGAGAGAAGGAGAGGGGGAAGGCAAAGGGAAGCUUACCAUCUCGUGUCGAUCACACUCGAUCCUCUUCGUCCCCUGUAUUGCUAGACAUGACUUAUGAUGGGACAGGAUCACCACAAAGCGAUUCCGAAUCUGCUUACAACGGAGCAGAUCCAUCCGGAAGGUACGGGUCGCCACAACUUAGCAAGUCCAGGUUUAAGAAGAGCAGUUUGGGGCGGGGGUUGGGGCUGGUAAGUAAAACACUUAGAGGGAAGGAAGAGGAAAGCGAGAAGGACAAAGGAGGAGGAGAGAUGGUGAAGGAGGAUAGAUCUGGGAUGUCGAAGGGCAGGUUUCAUUUUACAGUGCGUGGCGGCGGUAGGGAGGAGAAGGAGGAGGGGAAGGGGGAAACGGAGGAGGGAAGGGUGGGGAGGGAGAUGAGGAAGGAUGAAGUUGGGGACGGGAGGGCGGAGGAGGGGCAAGAAGGGAGGAGUGAACAGAGAGAGGGAGACGGAAAGGUGAUGAGAGUAAUCAAGAGCCACUCCUAUGGUGAGGAGAAGGCGAAGAGAGUGGAGCAAGGUGAGCAGAGUGGAAAGAGAGAGGGCGGCAACACUUCAAGACAAUCUCUUCUCAUUCCUAAGCCUUCUUUUCCCAAGCUACCUGGCCCUUCUAUCCCUGCCUCUUACUCUCUUGACCGUUCCAUCUUCCCUCACCUCUCCUCCUCCUCUUCCCCUCUCUCUUCCCCUCUCUCCUCCCGUCUCUCCUCCCCGCUCUCCUCCCCUCUCUCCUCCCCUCUCCUUCGUUCCCCUCGCCCUGUUCCGGCUCCUCUCUCCCCUCCCUCCCCUCCCACGGCCAAUAGCAGCAUCCCCGUUACUAGCACACUCAAUAGCAGCAGCUCCGUUACUAGCACACUCAAUAGUGGCACGACUAGCAUCAGCAUAGCUGCUGGGGCUAUGACUGGUCAUGGGACGUCCUCUCUAGAACAGGAGGGUGCUGAAACGCGUUCGGGAGGAGGGGGAGAGAGUAAGGAGGGAGGAGGGGGAGAGAGUGGGAGAGGAAGAGGGGAAGAGAGCGGGAAUGGAGAGAGAGAAGAGGGUGCAGGGCAAUUGGUGGUGGUGGAGGAGGGGGAGGAGGAGGAGGAGGAGGAAAAGGAGGAGGAGGAGGAGGAGGAGGAGGAGGAGGAGGAGGAGGAGGAGGAGGAGGAGGAGGAGGAGGAGGAGGAGGAGGAGGAGGAGGAGGAGGAGGAGGAGGAGGAGGAGGAGGAGGAGGAGGAGGAGGAAAAAGGAGGGGGGUAA